AUGAUAGGACAAGAACAAGAAGAAGAAAUGACAACAGCAAUAUCUAGUAAUAAUCAACAUCAUACAUAUCCUUUGGAUGAAGAUUCUGAUAUGGGUAGUUCUUUUGAUGAUGCAGAAGAUCAACAAAUGGAAUAUUGGUUACAACGAUGUUCUAUUUGUUUUGAUGCACCUUUAGACUUUUGCCUUGAAUACUGCCGGGAUCAAUAUUGCAUGGAUUGUUUUGAAAGAUAUGUUACUGAAGUAGUAAUGUCAUCAUGGGGUCUUAGUGUGACGAAAUUAAAAUGUCCUGUUUGUCAAGAACAUAUUCCUCAGGAUGAAUGGAGUCAAUUUGUACCAAAAAGUGUAGUAGACCAUUAUAAUCGAUUCAAUCAACCUUACCGAAGUUUUACAAGGUGUUGUCCUCAUUGUGAAAAAGAAGCAAAACCAUGUGAUCAUACAUUGAACAAGUUGGAUGAUAUCACUUAUAUGCGACGUAUUCAUGAUAUGGUGGCAUCUUUGGCACUACAAGAUUGUAAUGGAUAUGAUAAAGAAAAUGAUUAUCAUCAUCAUCAAGAGUUACAUGAAUCACUCAAGUCCUUACUACCACUUUUAGAAGGUGAUUGUCCUUCAUCUACAUUAUUGGACGUGUAUCGAUAUACUAUGAAUUUAUUAGUAAAUUAUGGAAAAUAUCAUGGAACAUUUGUCAACAAAUCAACAUUAUCAUCACCCUAUUACGCUAUAUCCUAUAUGUUUACAUUGUUAGACCUGGGUCCCGAAAUUUGGAAACAAUUACAAUUCUUACAUAUCUCUUAUUUUCCAAACACAACUUGCGAAAGUUGUUUAACAGAAUUCUGUUUACAAUGUGGUUAUACUAUUCAUGAAAAAUUGACUUGUGAAGAAAAUAUGAAACAUUUGGUUGAAUCAGCUCCUUCCAAAGAUCAUGAUACAGUGGUUACAGUCCAGUGGCAUUUGAAAAAUAGUCGAAGGUGUCCAAAUUGUUCAAUCAUGAUCAAUAGGGAUGAAGGAUGUAAUAAAGUAGAUUGCUCAUUAUGUGGGUUUUGUUUCUGUUGGGCAUGUCGAUCCCCUUGGUCGGAGAAAUGUGGAUUUUAUCAUUGUGUGAUGACAGAAGGAACUGAGGAUAAUGACAUUUCAAAUAACAAACUCAUGAUAGAAGAAGUAAAGACAGAAUUAGGUGUACCUAAUAUAUCCUCCAUUCAAGCACGGUUAUUCUCUAACCCAGAAACUUUAGAUUGA